CAACGGUCUCACUUUUGGAGAAGUGAGCUGCACGUAUCGGACACCCGGAACCCCCAUCUGUCCCCACCCUCUCUCUUUUUUUUCCCACCCAGUCCUCUAUCAGUCCAGGUGGCAGAGCGCACUUCGGCCGUGGGAUGCAGCCUCUCAUCUCCAACACAUGGACAGCGGAGCUUGGAGCUGCCGCAGCGCGCCACGGCUCCACUAGCUGAAGACGCCACCUCUCAAAAGCAGGGGAAGAAGACACGACACUCCCGCGUUUAACUCGCGGACUUCAGAUUUAAAGGAUAUACUUUCUUCCCACGUCUUUUUUCCUCCUUAUCUUUUCAACCCGCAGGAGAGCAGAACCAGUUGUGUUCAAUGCGCAACCAUGCUCAUCAUCUCGUCCCGCAGUGCGCUGCUGUCCGUCUACUACCCACAGAUCUUCCUCAUCCUCACCAGCGGUAGCUACCUGGCGCUGUCCUCGGUGGUGGCUCUAGGUGCUAACAUCAUCUGCAACAAGAUACCAGGGCUGGCCCCCCGUCAGAGAGCCCUCUGUCAGAGUCGCCCCGACGCCAUCAUCGUCAUCGGCGAGGGCGCCCAGCUGGGCAUCAAUGAGUGUCAGUACCAGUUCCGCUACGGCCGGUGGAAUUGCUCGGCCCUGGGAGAGAGGACUGUCUUCGGACAAGAGCUGAGAGUAGGCAGCAGGGAGGCAGCAUUCACUUACGCCAUCACAGCAGCUGGAGUUGCCCACGCAGUGACCACAGCUUGUAGCCAAGGCAACCUCAGCCAGUGCGGCUGUGACCGCGAGAAGCAGGGCUAUCACGACCAGGAAGAGGGCUGGAAGUGGGGAGGCUGCUCGGCCGAUGUUAAGUAUGGCGUGGAGUUCUCGCGGCGCUUUGUAGACGCCCGCGAGAUCAAGAAAAACGCCCGGCGGCUGAUGAACCUGCACAACAAUGAGGCAGGGCGAAAGAUCCUGGAGGAGAGGAUGAAGCUGGAGUGCAAGUGUCAUGGCGUGUCUGGUUCCUGCACCACUAAGACCUGCUGGAUCACCCUACCAAAGUUCAGAGAGAUUGGUUACCUGCUGAAGGAGCGCUACAGUGGAGCAGUUCAAGUAGAGCCAGUCCGAGCCUCGCGCCUCCGCCAGCCCUCCUUCCUACGGCUCAAAGAGGCUCGGGGCUACCAGAAGCCCACGGAGACGGACCUGGUGUACCUGGAGCGUUCGCCCAACUACUGCGAGGAGGACACAGCCACGGGAAGCACGGGAACGCGAGGGAGACUUUGCAACGGCACCUCGAUCCACACAGACAAUUGUAAUUUGAUGUGCUGCGGCCGGGGUUACAACACGCACCACUACACGCGCAUCUGGCAGUGCAACUGCAAGUUCCACUGGUGCUGUUUUGUCAAGUGCAACACAUGCAGUGAGAAAUCAGAAGUUUUUACCUGCAAGUAGGGAAUGAGGAAAUGCGGCACAGUAAGUUGGGGAGAGGCUGGGGAAAACGGACAGUGGUUGAAGGUAAUGACAAAGUGGAAUUUGAAGUGAAGGACUUGGAAGUAUUUAUUCAACAAUUUGCACAUUUUUACAUCCUAUUUUGGAAUUCUUCAAAGAGAGAAAAAAACAGACAUGAGGUUUGGAGAGUAUUGAGAAAAAAGAGACAUUAGUGAUUACAAAAACUUCCCUUCGUUUGCUCGCUGGUAGAAAACUAUGACAUGGUGCAAACACAUCGCAGGUGAGAGGAUUUGAUGUUCUCGUUUGCGUCUAGCAAAGCAAUAUUUGGAAGACAACAGCUUGCAAAGAUGCCGACAGAUGUCACACAUGAGAGGAAGAACAGCAAGAACUAUUGUUGGAUCUUGAGAAGACUUUUGUAACACGCUAACUGGAAAACAGCAAAGCGCCUCAGACUGCCAUGACGGAAGACUCCUGAUGAAGAUGGAAAGAUGGCAGUGGAAUACUUUUAACUGUACGCUCACACUGUAUUCUGUUUGAACACUGAAAAUAAAACAAAGUUAUUUAUGUAAAGAAAUAUCUUUCAAACCUAGUCUUAAGGAUGGAUAGCUAACAUUUUUCCUCUCUAUUAUGACCUUCAAUUGCUACUGAUACAUUUCAAGCUGGGAGUAACUAAUUUCUAGUCACAUGGAGUCACAUUUACAACCACUAAACAGCUAAGCUCUGUUUCAUUUCAUUUGUAUCCAUUAUCAGUGGUCAGUGGCGUACUUCACUAUAGAUUAGUUGUUUUUCUGUUGCACUCACAUGAUCACAUUUCUUUCUCUUUUCAUGGGACAUCAGUAAGUUGUGCUGUCGAGUGCUGUGCUGACAUCUCUCUCAUGGACAAA